UGUGCGCAUAACCUGAGCACAAGGCGCUCGUGAGCCUGACAGUCACAUUGAAUACUGAGAGAGACACAGAAAGGAGAAGAGUAGGCUAGUCUUGAGAGGACGUACUUAAUGCAGCACCAAAUCAUAGCGAAUCGGUUAUAACUGUAGUCUAUCAGAAAUGCAUUGAGAUUUACGCGCGACUUUUAGGAGCUUUGGGAAUUAAAACGACACUCGCGCGUGCUUGCGGUUCAGAACGCUGGACAGCGCACUCGUUCAUUCCACUUUUUCUGGAGUUGAUGUAUGUAUUUUCAUAAGAAGCAUAAGACGGGCAAAUUCAUGAGGAAUCAUGGACCUUCCGACGUGUUUCCGAUCACCGGGCUUGGGCGCACCUCAACGAGACUUCUGAAGUGAGACAUGGACUUGGCGGAGAUCCUGCUCGCACUUUUCAUCGUCGUGGUCGCGACGGUCUCCUUGUUGUCCAACUUGCUGGUCUUGCUAUGUUUCGCGCACAGCAGCGAGAUACGCAGGCAGGUGCCGGGCAUUUUCACGACGAAUUUGUCCUUUUGCAACUUGCUCAUCACCGUGCUGAACAUGCCCUCCACGCUCGUGGGGAUCGUAAAGGACCAACAGCCUUUCGGGGACUGCCUGUGCCGCGCGGUCAGCUUCCUGGACACGUUCCUGACGGCCAACGCGAUGCUGAGCAUGGCGGCGCUCAGCAUCGACCGCUGGAUCGCCGUGGUCUUCCCGCUGAGCUACUCGAGCAAGAUGCGGUGCCGGGACGCGCUGCUGAUGGUGUGUUACGCGUGGCUCCACUCGCUCGCCUUCUCCGUGGUGGCGCUGCUGCGCUCCUGGCUCGACUACAGCCGCGCGUACGCGUCCUGCACCUUGCGCCUGAACGCCGAGAGCUCCCGCACCGACUUCGCCGCCUUCACCGUGGCCUUCCACGGCGCCAGCUUUAUGCUCUCGCUGCUCGUGUUGUGCGUGACUUACUUAAAAGUGCUCAAAGUCGCACGCUUUCAUUGCAAAAGAAUCGACAUUAUAACCAUGCAGACACUCUUCUUGCUUGUUGAUAUACACCCAAGCGUUAAACAACGUUGUUUGGCGGAGCAAAAGAGGAGGAAACAGCGCGCGACCAAGAAAAUCAGUAUAUUUAUUGGAUCAUUUAUUAUAUGUUUCGCCCCAUACGUCAUAACCAGGCUGACAGAGCUUCUUCCCUUUGUGGAUAUCAACCGAUACUGGGGCAUCAUCAGCAAGUGCUUAACAUACAGCAAAGCAGCUUCAGAUCCUUUUGCCUAUUCCCUCUUGCGCCAACAGUACAAGAAAGUAUUAGUGACAGUGUCCAAUCGCCUAUUGAAACGUGACUUAUACCCUUCCUCUGGACACAACAGCUCCCUGGAUACAGAAAAUGACUACUGUCUCCAAAGAAUCAGCUAGUGGCAUUUUCUUUACAGAGAGAAAUCCUAAUGCUUCGAUGUCAAAGUAUAUAGGGAGAGAGACAAAGAGUGGGAAUGUGAGAAAUAGAGCGAGAGAGAGAGAGAGAGCGUGUUGUAAUGGUUAUCACUUGGAUAUAGCUGAAGAUGCUGACUGUUUG